ACUUGUAUCCUCUCCUCUUGCCGCCAUGAAGUGUCACGUUGCCGUCGCCGUUGCCGUCGCCAUGGUCGUCGUCAUGGGUCUGGCCAGCGCCGAGGCCGAGGCUGACGCAAAGGCGCGCCCUGGUUAUGGUAACUACUACUACAGCUACAGGGACGCCCGCCGCCGCAACGUCUUCCUCGACUAUGACUCGUUUGACCGCGACAAGAGGGAAGCGAAGGCCGAACCGGCGGAUAAGACUGAGACCGAGGGUGUAGCAGAGGACCCAAGCGAGCACCAGGUCUUCAAGAGAGCGGCUAAGGCUGAAGCUGAGGCUGAAGCGGACGCCUCCUACGAGGGUUACGGCUGGCGCCACCCAUACAAGUACCCCUACAACCCCUACCGCCGCUAUUUCUGGAAGUAGCUCCUGAGAUGACUAGCUUACUCCGUGUGACUUCUCUGUUUGCCCUCAGCAUCACGUAGCGUAGAGGAAGAUAUUGUAAAAGAGGAAUAAAAUAGAUAUAAAAGGUA